UAUGACUUUGCUCUGGAACGUCGCACAAUCGAGGCAUACAACAAAAUCCUUGCAGAGGAAAAGGCCCAAGCGGAAGCAGCUGUGGCGUCGGUCACAGCAGCUGCAGAUGCUUUGAAGCUCAAUAAUGUAAACCGUUUUGCACCCAACAAAACAGAACCUCUUCAACCACAGCGGACUGAUCUGCCUCCUGCCGCAACCGAAGAUGGCCCUUUGAGACCGGUAACUCCUGCUUCUGUAGCAGAACCCUCUGCUAGCGGCAGCACGCCGACGCCCGGCACUGUCGUGGUUGCACCCGCUGUUGUAAAGGACUUUGACGUACCUAAGGAUGACCCUUUUGAUGUAGCCGAACUUAACACAAUCAACGAAAUCGAAGAGCUGCGUGACGUACUGGCCACGUUCGAGACGCCAAAAAAUGUUAUCUCCCCGGAGUUAAGUAAUCCCCAACGGAACUCUCCGCAUGAAGAUGGCGCGGCUGCCGAAGUAGUCCCUUCGCCGGUUGUUCAGCCACCACCAGACGAUUUGCAUACUUCACCUUCUUUGCCAGGCAUCGCCAACGGUUCUUUGGAUCAGACAACCAAGCAUAAAUUUGGUAGUCUAAAAGACAUCACGUUUCCCCGACUCUGUCCUGCCCAGGACAGAAUUCUAUUUGAUCCAAAAAAGUCUCUUAAUCCUCCUACCCUCAGUCAAGUCGCCUCUUCUGCACCGAGUUCGCAGGCUGACCUACGAGCUUUUGGUGAAUCUGCUAAUACAAACCAAACCCCUCAGUGCUCACUAAACUCUGAAUUGCGAAGCCAACAGCUUGCUGAGAUAUCCGCGGGCUUGAUGAAUCGAUCCAAUAGUCCCUCAGUGGAAAACUAUUAUUCUCCCGAGACAACCAACUCCUUUGAGUUUUUCUAUCGGCUACGUAUAACCCCCCCCUCCCCCGAAGAAUUCUACGUCCGCAUCCUGCCGUAA